GCAAAAAAAACGCGUUUCAAUAUCCGACUGACAUAACGCCCACUAUUAAUUAGCCCACCCACCACCACCACCAGCAGCAGCAGCAGUACCACCCUCAUCUCAUCACUAGAGCAAACGAAAAUACCUAGCUGCGGAUUUCCCCUCGUUCUCCUCACCUCACAACACCACCCCCCUCAGAUACGAAGUAAACCCCAACACCAGCAGUAUAAUGUCGGAAGAAGCAGCAGCAACAGGUCGCCCGCCCAGCGCGGCCGCCGUGACCUCGCCCACACCCGCCCGCUCCUUCCGCGACGGCCUCAAAAAGACCACACCGAGCAUCAGCGGCCCCGCGCGGCGCCCGGUGUCUAGCAUUUCGUCCGGAACAGCCAAGGUCGCCGGGCCGGGGCCGGGCUCGCUAACGCGUAGCAACACGACGGGCACGGGGCUGCAGAAGCCGCCGCUGCGGCCCACGAGCGGUGGGCUUUCCGCGCCUGCACUAAGGAAGGUCCCCUCUGCCACGGGUGUCAAGGAUACUGCAGCGACUGCUGCGGCUGGGAAGACCACGUCCACGCCUACUCCCCCGCCAGGCAUGAGGAGGACCCCGACGGCCAUGGGUAACAGGGCUGCGCCUGGCACCCCGGAGAAGCGACCGCCGAGUGCCGCGGCGAGCAGGAGGGCGUCGUCGAUUGCGCCCGGGACCACGGCGGCCACGCAGGGGAAGGGGCCCACCGCGGCGGUUAGUAGUAUUGCGGCGCACCGGUCACGGCCGUCGAUCUCGAGUACGACCAGCUCGAGUAGCAGGAUGUCCGGGGGCGCGGGCGGGAAUACGUCCUCGAGCUCGCGGCCGGACGAUGCCAGUCCUGUCAAGCCCCGGCUGGCGGGCGCGAAUUCCGUCGCCGGCGUCGUCAAGAAGCCGGGCAUGGCGCCGCCGCCAGGGAGUGCCAGGUCCGGCUCUGCGUCGUUUGGGCCCGCCGCCGUCAAGGAACUCGAAACCCUCAGGACGAAGUAUGCAAACGCCCAGGAGAAGAUCGCCGGUAUGCAGGGCGAGAUCGAGAAGUUGAAGGGUGGUUCCCGUGCCGGUGGAGAGGGUGCGGACGAUUUUGUUGUGGUCUCGCCCUCCUCCGAAAAUGGUAAUGGUAAUGGUGAUUUGAAGGCGGGUCUCGACGCUGAGGAACUGGAGAAGCUCCACGCUGAGAAGGAGAGUGCGCGCGCGGAGCUCGAGGCGGCAAUGCUCGAGUUGGAGGCGAAGGCGAAGCUCGUGAACGACCUGCAGGAGGCCAUUGCUACGCUCAAGUCUGAGAAGGAGGAGCAGCCACAGAACGAGACUGGGGACGACGAUGCCGAGGAGCUGGCGAAAAAACAUGCCGACGAGAUGGAGUCGCUCACGGCGCAGUCUGCGAGCAGGGAGAAGGAGCUGCUGGCGAAGAUUGCGGACUUCGAGGAGAAGUUGGAUAGGCUUACGGCUGCUCAUGCUGAGCAGAUUGCGAAGCUCAUCAGCGAAUCUGAAGAGGCUGUUAAGGCGGCCGAGUCAAGGGUUUCUACCGAUGGAGCUGGUCAUGAGGAGGCUAUCGCGAAGCUGAACGCUGAGAUCGCCGCCGAGAAGGCCGCCGCUGAGGAUGCUAAUGCCGCGCUUGCGGCGGAGAAGGCCGCUGCCGAGGAGGCCAAGGCUGCACUCGCUGCGGAGAAGGCCACUGCCGACGAACUCAAGAAGGCUCUGGAGGAGGAAGGCGAGAAGCACACCACGCUCCUCGAGAGCCGGCAGCAGGAAAUCGAGGGCCUCAGCAGCGUCAUCAAGAGUCUCCAGGGCGAACUUCAAAAGGCCUCUGACGACCAGCAGCGGGAAUUCGACGAGAAGGUUGCUGAGCUCAAGGCGGAGCAUGAUGCGCAGAUCCUCGAUGCUACGGAGAAACUCGGACGUCUUCAGGAAUCGCAGCAGGCCGAACUCGAGAAGGGCUCGGAGAUCCUUGCGAAGCAGCUGGAGGAAGUUAGGGAGACUAUGCAGCGUAAGGAGGCUGAGUACCAGGCGGCCGUCGGGAAGGCGAGGCAGGAGGCUGCGGAUCAGAUCGAGGAAAUCACCAAGGCCCAUGAAGCCGAGAUUAUGAUCAUCAAACACGAGCACGCCGAAACGCAAAAGUCGCUUGAAGAUUCCAUCAGCGCCCUCAAGACCGAGAUCGCGUCCAGUGCGGGUGAGAAGGAAGAGGUCUGGAGGCAGAAGCUGGCCGAUAUUGAGGCUGCUAGCGAGGCGGAGACGGCGGCGUUGAAGGCCCAGCUGGAGAGCUUGGAGUCGGAGAGCAAGAAGAGCGGCGAGGAGGUCGAGGCUCUGAAGGCCACCCUUACCGCGUUGAACAGCGACAUCACCACCAAGGAUAACGAUCUGGCGGAGUUGAACGAGCAGCUGAAGAAAACUGCUGAGGAUUUGGCUGCAAAGUCACAAGAGAUCGCCUCUUUGAGUGAUGAGCACAUCGAGGCGCUCAACGCUCAAGCCGCCGCCCACAAGCAGGAGAUCGACACUCUCACCGCCAACAUUUCCGAGCAGAGUGACGAGAGGAGCAGGCCGAACUGCAGGCUGAAAUUGUCGCGUACAAGGAGGCUAAAGAGGCGCUCAAGGCUACGCUCGAGGGCGCUCCUACUAAGGAGGAGGUCGAGGCGCUGAAACAGGCUUUGGAAGAGGCGAAGGCCGGAAGCGCCCACGAGAUUGAGUCCCUGAAAAAAGCUCUGGUCGAGGCAAGGAGCGAGAGUGCUGCCGAGAUCGAUGCUCUACACAAUUCGCUCGAGGAGGCGA